AUGGCUGGGUCUUUCGCGAAGAAAGGAGCCACGCCAUCGAAGGGAUCUUCAGGGGCAAAACAAUCAUCAAUAAAGCGCAAUUCGAGCAUCCUGAGUUUCUUCCAGAAGACCGACACACCACCAGGCGCCACCUCUCGCCAGGCUCGAAUUACCCAAUUUGGCACGGCGACCUUACGCUCACCAAGCAGCGGCCGGGGGACUCCGGCAUUCCAGCGUGGGAAUAGUUCAAGGAAUGAUCCUGCUGGGGAACUUUUCUUGGAGGAUAAAAAGGGACUGGCAAAGAUUCAACAAACAGCGGUGACCAGCGAAAGAGAACGGUCGCUGACACCUGAUUUCUGGGGAGACGAUGGAGAGAGCCUAAAAGUGGAUGACAAACGAUAUAACGAGAGCGACUUGGCGGUCAAACGUCGGAAGGUUGACUCACCGGGUACCCAGGUCAGCGAGAAACAGCAACCAGAGGCCGAAUUGAAGACUACAAAAGCACCGGCACCUACAAAAACUCAGAAAAGGAGCGGGCCGUUUAUCGAUGAAUCCGAUAGCGAGGAUGAUAUGGAAGCAUACCGGGAACUUCCUGAGACCACACCUUCCAUUAGGGAUAUGAUGAACGAGCCAUUGCAACCAGACGCCCAAUCGGAGACUACAAACGCACCUGUACCCGCAUCAGCACCCCCGAAGACCGAGAAAAGAAGCGGGCCAUUUAUUGAUGAAUCCGACAGCGAGGAUGGUAUGAAAACAUACCGGGAGCUUCAUGAGACCACAACUGCCACUCUGGAUGUGACGAACGAGACAUUGCACAUGGAUAAAAUAGUGGCUACACAACGCACUUCCGAACCUACACCCCCGCCACUGGUAAGAGCCGCCACGAGUAAUGCCGAUAAUGAUGAAUACGCGAAUUUUGACGAUAUAGAAGAAGAAGAAGAAAAAGAAGAAGAAGACGACGACGAGCUUAGAGGGGAAGAGUUUCGAAACCGGCCCUGGGAGGGCGAGGAACAAGAGCAGCAGAUCGGUCUUGAGGUAGAUCCUGACAAAGAUUUGAACGACUGUUCGGGCGUAGAGGAUAUUGAGGGGGAAGUGAGCACAUGCCCUAUCUGCCAGAUGGUGCUGAAGGAUCUUAAUGAAACGGAAAUCACAGUGCAUGUCAACGGCUGCCUCGAUGGCACAACCAACCCUAUCCCGCCCAUACCCGCUCCUAUGCCUGCAAUAAGACCGAGUCCCAAGUCAGCCAACGUCGACAAAGGGUUGACACGUGCAGAGCGAGCUGCCAUUGCCCGACCUGCGCAAAGUGAUCCCUACUCGCAGAACAAACCCAUUGGAGGUUCUGCAUUCUCAAAGAUGAUGGCUGGAAAUGCAGAAGAUACUGCUUGGGCUGCUGCUGCCGCAAACGAGGUGUCUUCUCGCGGCAAGCAAGCCUACCAGCGAACUUGUCCAUUCUACAAAAUUCUUCCGGGGUUUUCUAUAUGCGUCGAUGCUUUCCGUUACGGUGCUGUCGAAGGAUGCACUGCCUAUUUUCUGAGUCACUUUCACAGCGAUCACUAUAUAGGGCUUAGCAAGUCCUGGUGUCAUGGGCCCAUUUACUGCAGUCGACCCACAGCCAAUCUUGUCCGCCAGCAGCUCCGUGUUGAUCCCAAAUGGGUGAUUGACCUCGAUUUUGAAAGUACCACCGAAGUACCGGAGACGGGAGGAGUGCGGGUCACCAUGAUAAAUGCAAAUCAUUGCCCCGGCAGCUCGCUUUUCCUUUUCGAAAAAAGCUCUGGAAAUGGGCCCAAUGCCCAUAAUCAGCGGGUGCUGCAUUGUGGGGACUUCCGUGCAUCUCCCGCUCAGGUUCAACAUCCGCUCCUACGCCCUGAUGUGACCAACCCGGUCACAGGCAAACCGAGACAACAACAUCUUGAUAAGUGUUAUCUCGACACCACGUACCUAAGCCCGAAAUAUGGGUUUCCUGCUCAGGAGGAUGUGAUCACAGCAUGUUCAGAGCUAUGUGUGCGCCUGAAUCAGGAAGCUGGUGUCGGAAUCGAUACGGGCAAGAAUGGUGCAGGUGGUUUGAUGGGCAAAUUUCUCUCAGCUGCGACGGGGAACAACAAAGAAACGGACAAAGGCUCGCAGGCCACAGGUCGACUGCUUGUAGUGAUUGGCACGUACAGUAUUGGUAAAGAACGGAUAUGCAUGGGGAUUGCCCGAGCACUUGGAUCCAAGAUCUUCGCUACUCCACCCAAGCAACGAAUCUGCGCCUGCUUGGAAGACCCUGAGCUCUCUGCGAUGCUUACUAGCAACCCUCACGAAGCCCAAGUACAUAUGCAAACCCUCUUCGAGAUCCGCGCGGACACAUUAGCAGACUACCUCGAUGGCCUCAAACCACACUUCUCCCGAGUUGUCGGUUUCCGCCCGACCGGCUGGACCUAUCGCCCACCAGCGGGGCGAUUGGUACAGAACCCACCCGUCUCCACUGUGCUACACGGUGAACACUGGAAGUCACCAUACACCACCCAAGACCUCACCCCACAGCGCGGUAGCACGCGAGAAAGUGCCUGCUUCGGCGUGCCCUACAGCGAACACAGUUCGUUCCGCGAAUUGACCAUGUUCUGCUGCGCUUUGCGCAUCGGGCGCGUUAUCCCGACGGUGAAUGUUGCCAGCCAGAAGAGUCGGGAUCAGAUGAAGGUUUGGAUAGAGCGGUGGGAUGCAGAAAAGAAGAAGAAUGGAUUGUUUCCUGUCACUGGCGAUCGGUGGUGA